GCAGGAAGCCCUGCAAGUGCUCCCCGUCUUCCACGCCCCUCUCUGAGCCUCUGUCAGGAUGAUCUCGCGCCUGCGUCUGGGUGGAUCUGGGGGCAAUAACAACAAUGGCGGUGCCACCACAACCUCCAGCAUCUUCGGCGCCGCCGCCUCGGCCAUGAGCAGUAUCAGCAGUGGUGGGAGUCUUCUCCCAGGCAACAGCAGUGUCGAGAGUGCAGCGGCCACGGCAGCAGCUAAUCACGCGUCAAGCUCGGGCAAUACCGGAGCCUCAGGAGCUACAGGUUUGGACACGCCCAAUAGUGGCAAAGCAGCUAGUGGAGGCUUCUUCGGUGUCUCGCGUAUGGUAGCACUCGUCAACCAGGCCAAUAGAAGCUUACAGACGUCGCUACAGAGCACCAACGUCACCCCUGGGGGUAAAUCAGGCACACAGUCGAGAGGGUCGGGCUCACAGGACAUCGAUCGCGAUGGUCAAGUCGUCGUGGAGAUCUUUGAGAACGAGCGUCUUGAAGGAAAGCUGCAGCCAAUGGACCCUAAACGCUUCAGUGAUCGCCACGCGGCACCAGGUGCAGGACAAGACGAAAGGCCCGAGGGUGAUCUCCCUGCAGGUCACGAGUGGGUCACGGAUUGGGAAAUUGAUCAGAAUUAUACAGCAGUGGAUCGCGAUGGGUGGACAUAUGCAGCAGAUUUCGUGGAGAUUGUACGUUUACUCGGGGAUGAUCUAAGUCACGCUUCCCGUCACCCCACAGACGCAGUGCGUCGUCGUCGAUGGAUCCGUUAUCGCCAGCCAGUAGAAGAACACACUCCCCAGUCUCCAACAGAUGCAAAUGGAUCAAAGUCUUUAGCGUCGUCAGCUACCUCUAAUAACUGGGCUGAUUCAAGCAAUGGACAAGGCGACGACUAUAUGCUGGGUGAUAACGACGACCCAUUCAUGCGCACUGCUCAAAAGACCCAAACAGGAUUCCGUGUAAACGUGAACUUUGCUCAUCGUGGAAAAAAAGACAACACAAAAGACUAUCAGAGCAUCAGUCUGACGGACGUCAUGUGGUUGGUGAACGCCCACGAUGUGACAAAUGCGCCCACAGAAGAAUUGAUGCGCGAGAAAACUGCCAACCUGGAGGAACAGAUCAAGGAGGCCACUAUGCGAUCGAAAUCGUUGGAAAAAGAUCUUCGUGCCCAGCAUGACAAGCAGACGAGGGAACUUACGUUGCAACAGAAGAAAUUUGAUGCGCUUGUGGCGCAGUACAAGAAAAUUCAAGCGGAGAAUGAAACGCUUCAAUCUAGUGUAUCGGGGCAUCGCGUUACAGUAGAGGCUUUGCGCAAGGAAGCGACUGAAAAGGAUAUGCUGGCGAACGAGGAGCAACGAGCACUUAACGCAGCAACGGCAGCUCAGAACCAGGCACUUGAGGAGAAGGCGAAGGCUCUUGCAACUGCACGUAUGCGCUACAAGCGAGACAACAAACAACUUGCCGCCGCCGUGGAGGAUGCAAAGAAGCGACUGGAGCAACACAAGGCUCAGGCCAAUAUGGACUCACAGGACCCUGUCGCCAAGGAUCUGAAAACUGAAAUGGAUAAGGUGCGACAGCUGCACGCGAAACUGGAAGCGGUGCGCCAGCAUCGUCUCGUCGUCGAAGAGGAGAGCAAGGCACUAUUUAACCAAGUGGUAGAGAAGAAGGCUGACCUGAAGUUCAAGUCGAAGAAGAAGAUGGAGACGGCGCUUAGUGAGGUAGACGCGAAGAUUAAGACGCUGAAGGAGGAGCAAGCUUCUGUGUCGAAAAGUCUGGGACAGAAACCUGAGGGCGACGCUCUACGCAAGAUUAAUGCCCGACGGAACGACAUCAGAAGUGAACUUGGCGCAUUGAAGGAGAGACGGACUAUGUUGCUUGCGGAGAAGCGGAAACAGGAGGGUGUAGAGCUGUAA